AAAGAUAUCGGCAGGGGUAAAACCGUCAAUAAGACAAGACUCGAAGGGCAGAACUGCCAUAUCGCGACACCACUUCCAGAGCAGAGCUGCCGAGGGACUCGGCUCACUAUCAUUUCACUACAGAAACCUCCGAUGGCGUCGUCGGCUUGCCUCUCCUUCUCCUCACCUCUCCACCCCUCUCCGCUCAACCACCACCCCAACAGUGCAUCCGCCGUCUUCACCCCCACGAGGCCACCAAUCCUCUGCGCAUUCGCGGCGCCUGUGAGGAAGAAGGUUGCGGCCCCGCCAUCUCCGACGGGCCCCAAGAGGAGGCACUGGAAGGAGGGGGAGUUCCCAGGAAUCUCAGAGACAUCAGUCCCCGGGACCAGCAGGAAGGCGCCGCUGAAGAAUGUGAAGAAGAAGCUCGACCGCAAAAGCAGUGCCAAGGCCUGGGUUAAUACCGUCACUGAAGCCUUAGCUGACCGCAUCAGCAAGAAGCAGUGGCAGGAGGCUCUUGAGGUAUUUGAGAUGCUUAGAGAGCAGCCCUUUUAUUACCCAAAAGAAGGCACCUACAUGAAACUCCUUGUCCUGCUCGGGAAAUCCAGGCAACCUGCCCGGGCCCGUCAGCUCUUUGAUACAAUGCUUGAAGAAGGAUGCGGGCCCACUCCUGAACUUUACACAGCCCUACUCGCAGCCUAUUGCAGAAACAAUCUCAUUGAUGAAGCCUUCUCUAUCCUCAACGAAAUGAAAGCCCUCCCUAAUUCCCAACCAGAUGUCUUCACCUACAGCACCCUGAUCAAGGUCUGUGUCGAUUCUUCACGCUUCGAUUUGGUUGAGUCACUAUAUGAGGAAAUGGCUGAGAGGUUGAUCGUUCCAAACACUGUAACCCAAAACAUAGUCCUGAGCGGCUACGGGAAGGCUGGGAAAUAUGACCAGAUGGAGAGAGUUCUCUCGGGAAUGCUCGGGAGCAAGGAGAGCAAACCCGAUGUGUGGACCAUGAACGUAAUCCUUAGUGUAUUCGGGAACAAGGGCCAGAUCGAGGCCAUGGAGAGGUGGUACGAGAAGUUCCGGAACUUCGGUAUUGAGCCCGAGACCCGAACUUUCAACAUUCUCAUUGGGGCAUACGGGAAGAAGAGGAUGUAUGAUAAGAUGUCCUCUGUGAUGGAAUACAUGAGAAAGCUUCAGUUUCCAUGGACAACCUCCACGUACAAUAACGUGAUUGAGGUAUUUGCUGAUGUUGGAGAUGCCCAAAAUAUGGAGUACACAUUUGAUCAGAUGCGGGCUGAGGGAAUGAGAGCUGAUACCAAGACUUUCUGCUGCCUUAUUAACGGUUUUGCCAAUGCGGGUUUGUUCCACAAGGUUGUCAGUAUGGUUCAGUUGGCUCGAAAGUUUGAGAUUCCUGAGAAUACUUCAUUCUUUAAUUCGGUUAUCAGUGCUUGUGCAAAGGCAGAGGAUUUGAUAGAGAUGGAACGGGUUUUCAAGAGGAUGAAGGAGAAGGAAACUGCACCGAAUUUUACGACUUAUUCUAUGAUGAUCGAAGCUUAUCGGAAAGAAGGCAUGAAUGAUAAGGUCUAUGAUUUGGAGCAGGAGAUGAAGGAAUUGGUGAUUGUUAAUGUUGAUGAUGGAUCUUUUCCAAGUCUUCCUUCACCACUCGAUUAAAAACCGUGUCUUCUAAAUCAGUUCUUACACCAUAUUUACUGCUCAAUUACGGGGAGCCCACAGAGUUUGUAGUUUUGACAAAUGAAUCUGGAAGAUGAGAGGCUAGUCGGGCAAACAACGGGCAAAUGAGCUCGUCUGCAGCUUGCAUUUGCAUUCCUUUGCAGUUGCAUUUGCUGUAUUCCUCCUGCUGUGAUGUGUGUCGAUGCAGUAAUUGUGUUGUCUACAGCUUAGGCACUCUUGAGGGAUAGUUUUCACCAACAAUCAGCAGAGAAUCUACUUUCCAACGGGGACAUCUCUCGCAAUUGCAUUGUACAGAACUUGUGUAUCUGGAGAAAUAUUUGUAUGUACAGAACCGAUAUGUUGACAGAGGAUGUUAGUUGUUACAGUGUGAGAAUGCAAGCAACUGUUUAAUUAUAUACUCUUUUCUUUUCCACC